AUGUGCGGGCAAGAAGAUGCAGUGGUACUUCGUAGCUGCGCUUCUCACCAUUCUUACCAGUUCACAGGGAAUUUUGACAACACUUUCACAAAGUGACAGGGGAUAUAAGUAUGACUAUGCCACUGUUCCUUUUCUUGCUGAAGUUUUUAAGCUCUUGGUUUCUUCUUUUCUUCUUUUGAGGGAAUGCAAGUCAUCACCUCUUCCAAGGAUGACCACAGAAUGGAAAAGCGUGCGUUUGUACCCUAUUCCUUCCAUUAUAUACCUAAUCCACAACAAUGUUCAAUUUCUUACCCUUACAUAUGUGGAUACAUCCACAUAUCAGAUCAUGGGUAAUCUGAAGAUUGUCACCACUGGCAUAUUAUUCAGGCUGUUCCUGAAGAGGAAAAUGUCUAAUCUGCAGUGGAUGGCAAUUGUUCUGCUAGCUGUUGGUACAACCACAAGCCAGGUUAAAGGUUGUGAUCAGGCUUCAUGCGACUCCCUUUUCUCUGCACCAAUUCAGGGUUAUAUGUUGGGGAUCCUGUCUGCUUGUCUCUCGGCAUUAGCGGGUGUUUGUACUGAAUUUCUGAUGAAGAAGAACAAUGACAGCCUGUACUGGCAGAAUGUACAAUUAUAUAUGUUUGGUGCAAUCUUCAAUAUGGCAUGGUUUAUCCUGGAUGAUUUCAAGCAUGAACUUGAGCAGGGACCAUGGUGGCAACGCCUAUUUAAUGGAUACAGUUUUACGACAUGGAUGGUGGUAUUAAAUCUUGGAUCUACUGGGUUACUAGUUUCAUGGUUAAUGAAGUAUGCUGACAAUAUUGUGAAGGUGUACUCCACAUCAAUGGCAAUGCUUCUCACAAUGGCGUUAUCUGUGUAUCUCUUCGAUUUCAAGCCUACACUGCAGCUUUUCUUGGGGAUUACUAUUUGUAUGAUGUCACUACAUAUGUAUUUUGCUCCUGCAAGCAUGCUUUUAGAUUUGCCUUCGACAGUAAAAGUAGCCCCUGAGAAACUUGCUGAAGUUUCUGUUGAUCGAACAACAGAUUCCUGAUGUUAAUUUUUCACACCUUUAGAUCAACUAAUUCUUCAUUCAGUGUCCA